AUGAUGGAAUCUGAGAAUCAUUGGUUAUUGGACAUUGACGAGCCUUGUGACAUGUCAUUGUCCACCACUCCUUCUCCCAACUCCGAAUCUAACUUCGUCACACACAAACACUCCAAAUACUCUCACAACCAUCCAGACCACACCAACACCAAUUCCACCGAUUAUUCCAAUUCCCACAGUACAGAAUACUCUAACGGUUAUUCCACUGAUUAUACUAAUUGUUAUUCCACUGAUUAUAGUAAUGGAUAUAGUACAGAAUAUGGUAAUGGGUAUGGUACAGAUUGUGGUAAUGGGAUUGAUGAUAGUACUCCGUUGUUUACGCCGGAUGAGUGUAGUUUGGAGAAUUACAUGUCUUCGAUAUCCGAGUUGAAUAGGGAGAUUGAGGAGUUUUCGAAGAUAGUCCAGACCCUGGCGUUGUUUAAAUAUUACAUUAAGAACAGGAAACCAAAUACUAACGUUACGGAGUUGAAUAAAAGGUUCAACGCCAUUUGCUCAGACUGUUCGGCGAAAAUUCAUCGCAUAGAGGAGAAGAUACAGAAGAUAAACUAUGAAAAUCACUACGUGAUGGUUAAUAGGAAGAGGUUAGAACUGCAAUACUCUGAGGUCAGGAACAGGUUUAACCUUCAAGACUCCUCAGUCAAGAAGCUGAGAAUUUUAAUCGACACCUUCAACACCGUCAUCAGAGAAUACACAAACAUAUCCAAAAAACUACUAUCACAAUCACAAUCAGUACCAGAUUCGCAACCAGAUUCCCAACCAGAUUUACAGGAUAAAACGCUGUUAAGUGAGAUGAACGACAGAGUUAAACAAAUCGAACUACUCGAACAAAGUACUAGGGAUUUGGAUGAGUUGUUUAUUGAUUUGGGUAACAUAAUUAAGAAGCGAGGCGAUAACAUCUCAACCAUCGAAAAUGAAAUUCUUCUCUCCUCAGCCCAAAUCGAGAAGGGGAAGGACGAUGUUGAUUUUGUUUUACAAAAUGGCUCACAAAUCCAGAGGUUGUAUUUUUACUGUUUAUGUGUUGUGAUUGGUACGAUAUUCUUGAUAACGCCUUCAAACCUAAAGAAUUACAUUUUAAAAUACUUUUCCAAUAACCUCUAA